CACCGCGGACCGAGCGCCCGGUGCAAGCAGCUCGGACCCGAGGCCGGCCCCGGGCGCCCCGCCUCCCGCGCGCCAUGGCCGCUCCACCACCCCGCGCUCUGGCGGCCGCCGCGCCCGCGUCCGGGAAGGCCAAACUGACGCACCCGGGGAAGGCUAUCCUGGCAGGCGGCCUGGCGGGCGGCAUCGAAAUCUGCAUCACGUUCCCCACCGAGUACGUGAAGACGCAGCUGCAGCUGGACGAGCGCUCGCACCCGCCGCGGUACCGCGGCAUCGGGGACUGCGUGCGGCAGACGGUCCGCAGCCAUGGCGUCCUGGGCCUGUACCGCGGCCUCAGCUCCCUGCUCUACGGCUCCAUCCCCAAGGCAGCCGUCAGGUUCGGCACGUUCGAGUUCCUGAGCAACCACAUGCGGGACGCGCAGGGCCGGCUGGACAGCACGCGCGGGCUGCUGUGCGGCCUGGGCGCCGGCGUGGCCGAGGCCGUGGUGGUCGUGUGCCCCAUGGAGACCAUCAAGGUGAAGUUCAUCCAUGACCAGACCUCCCCCAACCCCAAGUACAGGGGGUUCUUCCACGGGGUCAGGGAGAUCGUGCGGGAACAAGGGCUGAAGGGGACGUACCAGGGCCUCACGGCCACCGUGCUGAAGCAGGGCUCCAACCAGGCCAUCCGCUUCUUCGUCAUGACGUCCCUGCGCAACUGGUACCGAGGCGACAACCCCAACAAGCCCAUGAACCCACUCAUCACGGGGGUCUUCGGCGCCAUCGCGGGAGCCGCCAGUGUCUUCGGGAACACGCCGCUGGACGUGAUCAAGACCCGGAUGCAGGGCCUGGAGGCGCACAAGUACCGCAACACGUGGGACUGCGGCCUGCAGAUCCUGAGAAAGGAGGGACUCAAGGCGUUCUACAAGGGCACCGUCCCGCGCCUGGGCCGCGUGUGCCUGGACGUGGCCAUCGUGUUCAUCAUCUACGACGAGGUGGUGAAGCUGCUCAACAAGGUGUGGAAGACGGACUAAGUCUGGGGCGGGGCGGGGGACUGAGCCCGGGGUCCCCCCGUGGGGGUGCUGCCCGCCCCCUCCGCCGAUCCCAGUGCACUCGUGCCAAAAGGCCCCCCGCCCCGCGUCUGGUCUGUCCGUUGUGGCCGCCGUGUGUCCUCUGGUGCCAUGUCACCCCCGUCGUGCACACAUGUCCAGCAUGGCCGUGGCUGGGUGUCCCUGUGCCCACUGUCUCCGUGCUUUGUCGUGAGCCUGUGCUUGUGUCCCGUGUCCCCGUGCCCCCGCUUCCUCCCCCCGGGGUGCCCGUGUGGCCUGGGUCCACGGUCCUUACAGCCAUGGCCCGGUCCCAGUCCGGUGCCUUCCACCCUGGGCAGCAGGGGCACCCUGUCCCGGCCUACCACAGCUGCCUCCGGGCCUCGGCCUGGCCUCACCGCAUUCCAGGGGCCACGUGCCCCCUGCUUCUCCCGCCAUCGGCCUUAAGUGGCCCUCGGGCCCUCCGUCCGCCCGGGACAGGGUGGCACCCGCCACUCUCAGGACCACCCUGCCAAGGCAGAAUAAACCGGAUCCUGUCACA